AGCGCCCCUCCCUCCCUCCCUCCCUCCCGUGCGUCCGUCCGUCCGUCAGGAGACGUCAAACUCGUGGGAGCGCCUGAGAUGAACGUCGAUCGCGACGAAUAGGUUGCACCAUGAGUCUGGAUGUUCUGUGCGACUUGGACGUCGGACGAUUCUUAGCCGACAAUCUGUUGACGAGCGAGGACUGGGAUGCCUGUUUGUAUCGCUGCGAGGGCGACGCGUCGCCGGACGACGAGCUGUCCCUGCCGCUGGCCGGCCAAGCCCCCUCGUCUCCGUGGCGACACGCCUACGAUAACGUGCUGACAGGGGCCGACGUCCGGAGCGACGGCGCCGAGCCCAUGGAGCUGCUGUUCCAGGUGAAAGCGGAGCCGCCGUCGCCGGAAGCCGACCGCUCGCCGCCGUCGCCCCGUGACCCUCAGCUUCCCGUGAAAAGCGAAAACCCGCCCACGCCUCCCUACGCGCUCGGGGACGUGAUGUCGCCCCCCUCGCACCGGACGGCGGCCGUCUCCGCGUCCGGGAGGCCUUCCGCCAGGACGCUUCCCGCCGUCGUGGUAUCCGUUCGGAAGCAGGCAGCAGCGGUUGCGGCGGCCAAGCCCCCCAUCCGGCCACGCCCCCUGUGCCUGGGCGCGCCCGUCGCCAAGACCCUGUUCCUGCACGGCCUUCCCGCCGCGGAGCCCGCGGCGCGCCUGUCGUCGGCCCCCGCCGCGGUCAAGACGGAGCCCCUCCCUACCUCCGCCAAGCCCAUCGUCCCGGCCGGCGCCGCCGAGCCCGCCGGCGGCCGCGACCGAGUAGACAUAAAAGUUCUGAAGCGGCAGCAGAGGAUGAUCAAGAACCGCGAGUCGGCGUGUCAGUCGCGCAAAAAGAAGAAGGAGUACGUGCAUAACCUGGAGCUCCAACUGAGGGAAGCCCAGCUGGAGAACCAACGGUUACGCCGCGAGAACCAGGAGCUCCGCGACAGACUCGGCGCCGACCGGGCCGGCGAGUCCGCCAACAACAAGAGAGCCGCCUGCGUGAUGGCCGUCCUUUUCUUCGUCGCCUUCAGCUUCGGACCCGUCAGCAUCUUGGACAGGAAGUGGACGACGGGCUUCGGAGACGGGGCCGGGUCCUUCGCCGGUCGCCGGCUGCUGGAGAUGCAGACGGCGCCGCAUCGGCGAGAGCCUGACGACGGGGAGACGGAAGUUUUGGCAUCCUUUCCCUUCAGGAACGGCAGCUCGGCCCCGGGCCCGGUGGCGGCCAAGGACGACGACAAGCUCCUGCGCCGUCUGGAGAGAUACUUCAGCGACGCCGUCUGCCCGCGCUUCAACCGCUCCGAGUCGCUCAGGCUGGCGGCGGAGCUUCGCGGCUGGGUGCGACGUCAUCAGAUCGACCGCAAGAAGUUGGGCGGGAAAGCCAAGAAGGCCAAAAUGGCGCAGCAGCGGGCGCAGCUGAGGAAGGCCAACGUGUCCAGAUACGUCCCGGCGGAGACGCAUCGCUCCUUCGAGAGGUGGGGACGCCGGUCGGCCGGCGGCGCGCUCGACCGGCCGCCGUCGGCUAAGCCCGCUUCGGUCCGCCCCUUUAGUCAACUACAAGUGGUCCCCGGGCCCGAGGUGACCUACGGCGACUUCCUGGACGCCAUCGACCGACGUGAGGACACCUUCUACGUGGUGUCAUUCAGACGGGACCACCUGCUGCUUCCCGCCAUUAGCCACAACAAAACGCGCCGUCCAAAAAUGUCGCUGGUGAUGCCCGCCAUGUCUGUCAACGAGAGCGUGUACGACGCGUCUCCGGGGUACGAGCUGAUGAUGCAAGUGGACUGCGAGGUGAUGGACACGCGCACCGUCCCCAUCAAGUGGUCGGCCGUCCCGCCGUCCCUGCGUCGGGCGCCCCCGUCGGCGGCGCCUCCGCCCCACGCCACCGACCGCGCGGCCCUGCGCGGACGGCCGGCCUCGACGCCGGACUACCUCAUCGACCGAUCGGAGGGCGUCUGAAGGACGGGCGGCCCGCCUGCCCGUGAUGGCGCAGUUUUUUUUUUUUUUUAAUUUAAUAUUUGUAUAUAGUGAUGUGUAAAUAUUGUUUUGUUUUUGGUUUUCGUUUAGAUUUUUGGAUGUUUGUCUGAGAAGAAAGGUAUCCUUGCGUUCGAAAUUCAGUCUGGGUACUACCCGGUUUUGUCCUGGAAUAAUUUAAGCUGGAGCACAGGCCGACGGGCGUCGCGUUGAUUCGGGCUCCCCGUCGUCGAUGGCGGCCAAACCUCAUCAAUAUUCUAUUUUGAUGUUUUAGCACGUACGUCAAAAUGGUAGUCCGUAACGACGGACGUGUGACCUAUGUUGGCCUUUGGCGGCCUCGCGCGUGCUCGAGGCCCGAGCAAUGGGGUGGACCGGCGACGUCCGAAAGGAAUCCCUGUCGCGACCCCGUUUCGUGGGCUAUGCGGAGCGAACGGCCGCGUACUUUUGAGCUCGAGAUGGGCACCCGAGGCUGCGGAACCGUCACCUUUUUUGCAAAUCCCGCCGGCUCGCCCUCUCGUCGCAUCUUUCGGAACAGUCGCUCGGCCAAAUAUUUAGUUUUGAAGCUGCGACGCCGCUGCCGUCGGUGCUAAAUUCAAAGCCGCUGCGCUUUGUUUGGCUCACUUGACGAUGAUUUCAAUCAUGUGGACUUUUCAAGGUGACGGUGAGCAGAUUUGAUUUUGAGCCGUUUGGUUGUUCUUUACAUCUAUUGAAUGAAAUAUGAAGUUGUUCUGAUCAUAGGGCGAGUACAAGGACUGUGCCUCAAUGUCAAAGGUCAAGUUCGCGUCAUCAAGAUUAUGUACCGAACAUUUGAUUAAAUAAAAA